UUUUUUUGCCUUUUUCAAAAAGCCUCUGUUCGUCAACUGAACCCGCGUUUUCCCUCUUCCCGCCCGGCUGGUGUAAGCCACCGGAACCUGUCACCACCGCAAACGUAGCAUUUUCCAGUCACAGAAACUCUCUCUCUCUCUCUCUCUCUCUCUGUGUACUCUGUAACAGCAUGGGAAACUGUAACGCUUGCGUUAGAGGAGAGACCAUAGAAGAAAGGAACUCUAACAGCACCAACCAUAAGAAGAAGAAGAGGAGCGGAGAAAGGAAUCUGAACCCGUAUUCUGAGGAUCCGAAAAGUUAUCCAGCCCCGGUCCGAGUGCUGGAGGACAUCAUUCCCUUUACCCACCGGACCCGAAUUGGCGACAAGUACGUCCUGGGCCGGGAACUGGGCCGCGGCGAGUUCGGCAUCACCUACCUGUGCACCGACAGGGAGAACAAAGAAUCACUGGCCUGCAAGUCCAUCUCGAAGCGGAAGCUCCGGACGGAGGUGGACGUGGAGGACGUGCGCCGCGAGGUCGCGAUAAUGUCGACGCUUCCGGACCACCCCAACGUGGUGAAGCUGAGGGAGACGUACGAGGACAGUGAGAACGUGCACCUGGUGAUGGAGCUUUGCGAGGGAGGCGAGCUGUUCGACAGGAUCGUGGCACGGGGGCAUUACAGCGAGAGGGCCGCAGCAAGCGUGGCCAGGACGAUAGCGGAGGUGGUGAGGAUGUGUCACGCCAACGGGGUUAUGCAUAGGGACUUGAAGCCAGAGAAUUUCUUGUUCGCCAAUAAGAAGGAGCGUUCGCCACUCAAGGCGAUCGAUUUCGGCCUCUCGGUGUUCUUUAAGCCCGGUGAGAGGUUUUCGGAAAUCGUGGGGAGUCCGUAUUACAUGGCGCCAGAGGUGUUGAAGCGGAAUUAUGGACCAGAGGUUGAUAUAUGGAGCGCCGGCGUGAUCCUUUAUAUUCUGUUGUGUGGGGUUCCCCCAUUUUGGGCAGAGACUGAAACGGGUGUUGCUCUUGCAAUUUUAAGAGGAGUCAUUGAUUUUAAGAGGGAACCAUGGCCGCAUAUUUCUGAAAGCGCGAAAAGCCUGGUUCGACAGAUGUUGGAUCCGGAUCCAAGAAAGCGGUUGAAUGCUCAACAAGUGCUUGACCAUUCGUGGCUGCAAAAUGCAAAGAAAGCUCCAAAUGUCCCAUUGGGAGAUAUGGUGCGGACAAGACUCAAGCAAUUCUCUGUGAUGAACAGAUUCAAAAAGAAAGCCCUUCGAGUAAUUGCAGAACACUUGUCUGUUGAAGAGGUAGGAGUAAUCAGAAAUAUGUUUGCAAUGAUGGAUACUAAUAGAGAUGGGAAAGUAACAUAUGAGGAACUGAGGGCUGGGCUUCGAGAGGUUGGUUCGCGAUUGGCAGAACCAGAGAUAAAAAUGUUGAUGGAAGCGGCUGAUGUGGAUGGGAAUGGAGUACUGGACUAUGGAGAGUUUGUAGCAGUAACGAUCCACAUACAAAAAAUGGAGAAUGAUGAGCAUUUCCGCAGAGCCUUUAUGUUUUUUGACAAAGAUGGAAGUGGGUAUAUCGAAUCAAAUGAGCUACGGGAAGGCUUAGCUGAUAACUCGGGUGAAACUGAUAUGGAUGUGGUGAAUGACAUAAUGCGCGAAGUUGACACAGACAAGGAUGGACGAAUUAGUUACGAAGAAUUUGUUGCGAUGAUGAAAACUGGAACUGAUUGGAGAAAGGCAUCUCGACAGUAUUCUAGGGAGAGGUUUAAGAGUUUGAGCCUCAACCUGAUGAAGGAUGGCUCUUUGCAUCUACACGAUGGGAUUACUGGUCAAGCUAUUGCUGUAUGAGCUAAAGUUCUAGUGAUUUUCUUGUUUGCAACACCGAGAUUUUCUUCCCUUCUAUCAUCGAUAUACACGUAAAUAUGGCAUCAGGGGGUUCACUGACAACAAGUCUUCAGUUGAAAUAUACAUGGGAGGAACACAGAAUACAACUUGGUUAAGUUGGCGGUCCAAAAUGCAUUGCAUUUUGGCUAUAGUCAUCGGCUGCUAAUGGAGAUCAUGGAUGCAAUUGUUCUUCUAGAAAGAGUGUCACAAAAUCCUUGUAUGAUUGUCAUGCUAGAUUUAUGCUUAACAUGCUUGAUGAAUUGGAAAAACUUUCUAAUGCCAUCUCAUUCUGAGAAAUGAGAAUUCAAUGAAUUGGUUUUACAUUACUCUUUCCAAUUAAUUAUGUUUGUGAGAAAAGAUUCUAAUUUUCAGUCUCA